UUGGAAACGGUGGCACCCAAAAUUCGAUUGAUCCCCCUGCAAGCUUUGCUGCAUAUAAAUACCGGGCCGAGUUUCGUAUUCUGUCAGAGCACAGCGGGUCCUUCAGUCAAGAGCAAAAUGGCAUUCAAGUUCGUAGUACUCGCAGCCUUCCUGGCAGUAGCCAGUGCCGGUGGCCCAGCCGCUUAUGACAUCGCAGCGUCGUCUGGUGACCACAGCAGCAUCGGUUUCAGCCAGGAGUCUACCCAGAAAGGUUUUGCCGGUCAGAACGUGAUUUCUUCUUAUUCGAAGUCCGACGACUCCGCUCAUUCCUUCGUCCGCGUGAGCAGCCACAGCGUUAGCAACGAUGGUCUUCUCAACUACGAAAUCAGCCACACUCCUAUCGUGAAGGCGGCCUACACUGCCCCAGCCUACCUCACGCCGACCGCCGCUCCCCUCAUUGCCAAGACAUACGCCGCCCCGUACAGCUACAGUGCUCCAUUGGUCACCAAGGCCUACGCCGCCCCAUACAGCUACGCAGCCUCAGCUCCUCUGAUCGCUAAGACUGCAGUUGCUGCACCAGCUCCUCUUCUGGCCAAGACCUACGCCGCCCCAGUCGCUGCUGCUCCUCUUCUCGCUAAAUCUUACGCCACUCCUCUGUCCUACGCUGCGCCAACUGCUCAUCUGUCCUACGCAGCACCAACCGCUCAUCUGUCCUACGCAGCACCAACUGCUCAUCUGUCCUACGCAGCACCAACCGCUCAGCUGUCCUACGCUGCAUCAGGUGCUCCUCUCCUCGCCAAAAGCUACGGAUACGCUGCCCAUGCUCCAGUCAUCGCCAAGAGUGCCCUGAUCGCACCAGCCCAUGGAUACACCGCCUCCAUCGCGUCAGCACCUCUUCUAACUAAGACAUAUGCCGCCACUCCUCUCGCCCACGCAUACGCUCCACAGGCUCAAUUGAUCUCCAAGGCCUACGGAUACGAAGCGGCUGCCCCCGUCGUGCACACGGUAUUCAACGGUCUUGGUACCAGCUACUCCUGGUAAACCUUUGUGACCCUAUACGUUAAGCCUUUCGGU